GAUCGAUCUCGCCACGCUACUUUUCGAUUUUCGAGACUUUCUCGACCUCGAGAUUUAUUCGUUUCCGGUCCAUCCGAUUAUUCGCUUAACACUAGAACUACCGGCGGAUUUUUUUUUUGUAUAGGAUGGGCCAUUUGAAACCAAUCAUUUUGUCUGGUCUUGGUAAUUCUAGUGUUAAGUUCUAAAUUUUUGGAUUUCCCGACGUUUCGACUUCCCUCCGUUUUGCCUGACCGUGAACAAUGAAGCGCAACAAAGUGAUACUGAUUCUGUGCAUCAUGGCCUCGACUUGUCGUGGGAUCUCUUCACCUUGGAGGCCAGUGGUACCCUCCCAGUUCACUUCCGGUUUGCUUCACCAGGAAGCUGCAGUUUACAGCGAUGCUCCUCUUUCUCCUUACGGCCUCGAGGACUCUUUACCGCGUUCCCAUUCUCUCUCUCUUCACGAUCGCGAUCAGUGUGCUCUAUAUAAGGUCUCGAUGCGCCAGCAACUCUACUUCGAGUACAUCCAUUACAAGACAGACCUGCCUGAUUUGAAGGAGUUCACACUGUGCAUGUGGACCAAAUUUCACAACCACUCGAACGAUCAUCCCCUCUUCUCAUAUGCUGUGGGCGACCAAUCCCGAGGGAUCCUCUCUUGGGUGGCGAACACCCCUAGGAGCUCCUACUACAUGAUGAACGUAGACGGGCACAACUUGUACAGAUUGAAUUACCCGCUGAGGCUGAACAAGUGGUACCACUCGUGCCAGAGCUGGAACGGCCGCACCGGAGAGUGGCAGAUCUGGGUGAACGAUGAGCGGGUGGGUCGUGGCUUCAACAACAGGCUAGUUGGACACGUGAUAAAGGGUGGCGGAGUGGCAAUUUCCGGACAGGAGCAGCGCCAAUUGGGUGGUGGAUUCCUGGAGGGCGAGGAAGCCCCCGAGGCCUCUGGGGGCUAUUUGGGAGAGCUGACGAUGCUCCAGCUCUACGGCGUGGCCUUGACUGCUGGGAAGGCUCAUAAAGAUCACAAGCAUCAUCAUGCACAUCAUUAUGAGCACGAUACCAGCAACAAUACUCCUAGGCCAACAACUAAACCUCCCGUUACUGGUCCGCCGUUGCCGAUGCACCCAUUCUUAACUGGAGGCCAGAUCAAUCAUCAGGUGAAGAUCAAUCUGGGUGCGCCGCUCCAGGUUACCCAAAACGGGGUGACGCUUAGACACCCUGCAUUGCCCCCUCAGGCACCAAGUCUUCAGACAUACCCACCUGCCAACCCCAGCAGCCUGUCUUCUCAACCAACAGCUUCGACAUCCUUUGCAGGAGUCCCGUCUUAUCCAGGGACGUACUCCACGUCCGAAUACUUUGGGAACCGAGUUCCUGACUUUCAGAAUCUGCAAGGUACCUCCAGCGGGGUCGGCAACGGUUUCAGCUUCAUCAGCGGAGAGUAUCACGAUCUCUUCAAAAGAGAUAAAGACGUGGUCAAGAGAGAUACUCCCGAGGUGGCAAAGACUUCAGAGGCCAAGAUUGCCAAACGCGAAACGAAGUCGGUCGAUAAGGUGUCCUUCGUUCCUGCUGAGGAGGGUACAUUCGGCGACAAGGUCGUCUCCAAGCGAGAUUCGGAGAAGAAGAAGAGGGGCCUUUUCCAUCUGUCCGAUGGUUCCAUCAUCGACGACUCCUUCCUGGCACCACAGGGGUUGGAUGAAGACUACUUCUCUGGGUUGGCGAGCUUCGGACUUCAACCGAGCAACAAAAUCAAUCAAAUACCACCUCAAUCGGCCAAGGAAGAUGAACGAGAGCCCGCCGAGGGGGAGGUCAAGCUAGUAAUGAACAUCUGCGACGGCUGCGCUGAAGAACCCUUCGAAAAGGCUCUGGUUAUGGGCUGGAGGAGUGUCCCGAAGAAGCUGUACUCUGGUGCUCUUUAUCUUCAAGCCGCCCAAGCUUGCAAGAGGUUCUAACUCACUUGAUGAUAAGAUGCUGCGUUUUGGGCCGCUGGUUUGUCAUCCCUCCCGAGGUAUCGUGGUGGUGCCAGAAAUUCGUUCGGUGCUCUAAAUGUGUAAACUUCGGGGAAAAUUACAAUGCGAGGAUCAGCCAGAACGGGACGAGACCAUAUCGAAUUUUCUCCCGGAUCAAGUAAAAUGAUCCGACAUUUUUAUCGCGAAGAUAAGCGUGCCGCUUCUACAUUGAUGCCGAUUUAUGUUAGGUUAUAGUAGACAUCGAGAAUCAAUUCUCAAGUAGAAGCGACAAAUGCAGAAACUAGUUACCUAAGGCUAAGGCUACACUACAACCGAUUGGAUCCGUUUACAUCAGACCAGACCAGACCAAGGUAGAUCCUUCUGGCUCAUAAACGUGGCCACACAUUGUUCGUCAGAUCAAGUACGGACAAAGUGUAACCACGUCUAGGAGAAGGAAUAUUUGAUCCGAUCUAAACGGAUCUGAUCAGGUGUAGUGUAGUCACAAUCUAAGAAUGUCUACGUUUAGGAUGUCAGGAUGCUAGAAACGUAUUUUGGUUUAAAUCAGUUACUAAAAGCAAAAACAAGAAGUCCCUUCCAAAACGGGGAAAGGUCACUUCUUGUUAUUUGGUUCUUCGAUCUUAAAUUAAUAUCCCUUGUUAGAUAAAUAAUUCUGCAUUGCGAGGCUCACGCGAGAUACGAAGUUUCCUCCGGAAGGAGGCAAGCUCCCAUUUUUUUAAUUAUUCAUUUUGUACCGAUUUUAAUGAUAACCUUGAUCGUAAGUUUCUCGCUGCAGAGAAAGAACGUCGAGUUACGGUUCUGAUUCUGCAAGCGACGUAUUUUUUUUUAAGGUCCAUCGCUUACCGGUCAUUAAAGUACUCAUAUAAUUGUAUUUAUUUAUGACCAUGGUCAAGAGUGAUGCCGAAAUGAAUGAAAAUACUCAAACAUACCGUCGAAGAAGACAGGAAAUACAAUCCUAUCUUCUACUUGAAGACAGGAGUUUCCAUAAUUGUUUAAUACCUCUACCUUAAGUAACUAUAAUCACGAACCGCCAUUUCCGAUAUCGUUAAAUAAUAUGUAUAAACAAUGUACAAAUUACAUUUUUUUUACCAGUGAUGUUUACAAUGUCUCCUCAUUUUCAAUUCUUAUCAUCGAUCAGAAAUCCCAACACCCGAAAAUAAUACACAUACG